CAUCUGUUCUCCCUCCUUCAAAUCAAAGCAAAGCAAAGCACUGCAUGGGAUUUGCUCCAUUCCUUGCCUUCUCCCUUCUCUUCCCUUUCUUCACCUUCCUCUCUUCCGCCCCUUUAGCCUUUCACGCCGUUUACCCCAAUUUCACAGCCUCCAAUUUCAAGUUCAUAGACGACUCCGGCACCUUCUUAGCUUCUCUCAACAACACUUUCACUGCCUCAAUCACCAAUUCUAAAUCCGACUCCUCUAACUACUUCUUCCUCAUCACCCAUGUCGUUUCCGACACCAUCAUUUGGUCCGCCAAUCCCUACAAUCCCGUUUCCAUUUCCAGCCCUCUCACUCUCUCCCCCGCCGGCCUCUCCCUCUCCGACGACGACUCCGGCGCCCUCGUCUGGUCCACUCCGCCUCUUCCCUCCCCUGUCGCCGCCAUGCACCUCCUCGACUCCGGCAACCUCCUCCUUCUAGACCACGCCAAUGUUACCCUCUGGCAGAGCUUUGAUGUUCCAACUGACACCAUCCUUGUCGGACAGCGCCUUCCAGUUCGAAAUCCCCUGUUUCCGGCUACCACUGAGGACGACGACAUGUCGUUUCGGCUUCUCCUUACUGAUGACGAUUUGUUGCUGCAGUGGAAUCAGUUGACUUUCUGGAAAUUGUCCAUGGAUUUGAAGGCCUUUAGACAUUCUUACUCUCCGGUUUCCUUCUUGGCCAUUAAUGGCUCUGGGUUUUAUCUCUUUGCAUCAGAUGGAUCAACGGUUGUGAUGCAUCUCAGCUUGAAUUCCAAUUUGGGGGAGCUUUUUAGAUUUGGGAGACUUGGGUUUGAUGGGAGAUUCAAAAUCACGAGCUUUGUGAAUGGGGGUUUUGUCGAUGAAUUUGUGGGUCCGUCGGAGAAUUGUCAACUUCCGACACCUUGCGGGAAGUUAGGGCUCUGUUCUUCUGGAACAUGUUCUUGUCCUCCCAGUUUCACAGGAGAUUCACAGAACAAAAACGGUUGUGUCCCUGCUGAUUCAUCCGUUUCUCUUGCUUCUCCUUGUGGUAAUGUUAGUAAGGCCAAUGUUGCAGGGGAGUUGAAUUCGAGCUUUUCGUAUUUGAGACUAACUGAUGGUGUUGAUUAUUUUGCUAAUAACUUCAUGGAACCUGAAAAUCAUGGUGGUGACUUGCAAUCCUGUAAGGAUUUGUGCUCCAGGAAUUGUUCAUGUUUGGGGAUUUUUUAUGAAGAUUCUUCCUCUUCUUGUUUUCUUAUUUGGGACAAGAUUGGUUCCGUUAUGUCUGCUAAGAGAAGUCGUGUCGGAUACAUAAAAACUCUCCAAAUGACUCCCAUUUCUGAAGGAAAGAGUCGGAAAAGGAUUCCACUGGUGGGUCUGAUAUUGAUUCCUUCAUCAGCAAUCUUUCUUGUGAUUGCAAUUGGUGUCCUACUCUGUUUUCGAAGAUUGAGGGUGUUGGCGACACUGCAGCGGUCGGAGUCUUCUUCGUCGAUGGAACUGGAUAUGACGUUGAUUCCGGGGUUACCAGUCCGGUACGGCUACGACGAGAUUGUGACUGCAACUGACAAUUUCAAAACCCAAAUAGGGAGUGGCGGGUUUGGUACGGUUUUCAAAGGAACUCUUCCAGACAAAAGUGUUGUGGCAGUGAAGAAGAUAUCAAGCCAAGGAGCGCAGGGGAGGGUGAAUUUUUGUGCAGAGAUUGCUGUGAUUGGGAAUAUUCAUCAUGUAAAUUUGGUGAGAUUGAAAGGGUUUUGCGUGGAAGGGAGGCAAAAGCUUUUAGUUUUGGAGUAUAUGAAUAGAGGGUCGUUGGAUAAGGCUCUGUUUGGGGAUGGCCCUGUGUUGGAGUGGAGGGAAAGGUUAGAAAUAGCAUUGGGGACUGCUAGAGGGCUUGCUUACUUGCAUAGUGGGUGUGAUCACAAGAUCAUCCAUUGUGAUGUGAAGCCAGAGAACAUACUUUUGAGCCAGAGUUUGGGGGUCAAGAUCUCGGAUUUCGGCCUCUCCAAGCUUCUCACUCCAGAACAGUCAGGGCGGUUCACAACCUUAAGAGGAACUCGAGGAUAUCUGGCACCGGAGUGGCUGACGAGUUCGGCCAUCUCUGAUAAGACGGAUGUUUACAGCUAUGGCAUGGUGUUGUUGGAGAUUGUUAGGGGGAAGAAGAACUGCUCCUUUGAGGAGAAGGAUGGGGAAUACUUCCCUUUGGUUGCUUUGGAAAUGCAUAUGAUGGGUGGAAGGUACUUGGAGUUGGCGGACCCGAGGUUGGAAGGGAGGGUGAGGGGUGAGGAGGUUGAGAUGCUUGUACGAGUGGGGCUAUGCUGUGUGCAUGAGGACCCGGCUCUGAGGCCAACUAUGGCCAAUGUUGUGGGGAUGUUGGAAGGAGGGGUGGCGGUGGCGGUGGCUAACGCUAACCCAAUUCUAGAGUCUCUCAACUUCUUAUACCUAUAUGGCAGCAAAUUCAGUGAGCCCUCAAACCUGACUCCCCAAAAUCAAUCUGCGUUGUGGAGAGCAUUGGUGUCAGCCACAACAACAACAACACAGCCUCAUCCUAUUCUUGGCAACCACAAGAGUAAUAGCCAUCGUACUGCUUCCUCUCACCUUUCGUCCCACCAACUUUCUGGUCCCCGAUAAAGAUGGCAACAGCGUAGCGUCUUAGAUUCACCCUUUGUGUAUGUCUUUCUUUCCUAUCAUAUUUUGUCAACAUAUGCAACAUAUAUGUCUUUCUUUCCUAUCAUAUUUUGUCAUAUGGGUCACUUGAAAA